AAUCACCUCUGGGUUUUUUAUUUUUUGCUAAACAAACCAAAAACAACUGAAAAUUGUGAAAAAAAACAACAAUUUUUUCUUAGUUUUUGUUAUAAAUUUUGUAAAUAAGUGAUUUUUCUCCUUUACUGAUGUGCGCUAAUGAGGCUGGGCAGUGAUGGGCACUGAUAGGCGGCACUGAUGUGCACUGAUAGGCGGCACUGAUGUGCACUGAUAGGCGGCACUGAUAGGUGGCAUUGAUGGGCACUGGUAGGCA